AUGAAUGUCUCAACGGCUACGAUCUCACAACCAUAUACUUACAUUUAUGAAAAUUUAUACAAAGAGAUGAACAUAAGAGGGAAAGAUGUGGUGCCUGCGCAAGAAGCUGCGGCAUUUUUGAAACGAUCCAAUUUGACUGUUACGACUUUGGGUCAGAUCUGGGAAUUGGCUGAUUACAGUCGAAAAGGUUGCUUGGAUAAAACUGGUGCUUUUAUUGCUUUCAAAUUGGUGGCAGCUUCUCAACAGGGACAACCUAUCUCGUGGAAUUCUUUGCUUCUCAAGCUAGAACCUCCAUCUUUUGCAUCGAGGUCUGCUACGCCAUCUAUACCUAAUUUUGGUGCCACUUUAGCCAGUCUUAGUGAGAGCUGGGCAAUCACUCCAACAGAUCAAGCGAAAUAUGAAUCGAUCUUCGCUGGUUUGAAUCCAAUUGAAGGGAAAGUAUCCGGAAAUAAGAUACGUCCUGUAUUACUGAAUUCAGGACUUCCAAGUACAUCACUGGCAAAGAUAUGGGAGUUGGCAGACAUGGAUAAGGAUGGUAAGCUUGAUCGCAUUGAAAUGUCUGUUGCAUUGCAUUUGGUUUAUUGUGCCCUGCAAGGAGAACCAGUACCGAGUGUCCUACCAUCAUCACUAAUUCAUCCAACAAAACGUGAACUUACACAGUUUUCCUCAAGUAUUCCUCCGCUACCAGUAUCUCAAUGGAGUGGUCGCCAAAGAACCGGUUCGGUAGUAUCCUUGGAAGAUUCUGAACAGCCAACGUCAGGAUCGGAAAGGGUACGAUCCCAAAGCGUCCAGCCAACAAGCGCUACUACAACAACCUUUUUCCCGGCACCACUUUCAUUAUCACUUGCGUCAGCAUGGCCAGUGGAGUCAGCUUGUUAUGAAGCUGAUUUUCAACAGGCGGAUUCUGACCAAGAUGGAUUUGUUUCGGGUGCGGAUGUUCGUGAUAUUUUGUGUGCAACAGGUAUACAGCAGAAUACAUUGGCGUUGCUUUGGUCACUUGUGGAUCUGAACAAAAAUGGAAUGUUGAAUUUAGAACAGUUUGCUUUGAUUAUGUACCUGAUUGAAAAUCAUAAACGAGGGAAACCGGUACCGUUUGCAUUGCCGAAGAAUUUGGUACCACCUUCUUUUCGAACAGUCGAAGCCAAUGUAGCUAGCGGAUAUAUUAUGCAGAGUACAUUACCAACUGGAAAUGAAGAACUGGAUGAAUUGUUGCGCGAAAUUGAAAAGCUGAUUUUGGACCGUCGAGAGGCUGAUCAAGAAAUUGUUCAACUUGAAGCUGAUAUGACCGUGAAGAACAGUGAAAUCAAAAAUUUAAAGAUUGAACUAACAACACUGGAAAAUACGGUAACACAGUUGGAAAAACAGAAAGGUGAAGCAGAAAAGCGACUUGAAGCACUCGAUUCACAGAUUGCACAACUGGGACGAAAUGUGGAACAAUCCAGGGAAAAAAUUAAAGAAGAGGAAAAGAGGCUUAGCGAACUUCAUUCGCAAAACACUCAAAAUGGAGAUCAGAUUGGAAAUGAAGAAUUGAUGCAUGUGCAACGAGAAGUUCAUUCUUUAGAAGAAGAAAAGAAAACGCUGUCUGUCACACUUUCACAACAUAAUGCUACUAUCGAAAAAGCAUCACUGGAACUCACGAAACUUGAAAGAAGAUGUGCGAAUACUGAAGAGGUAACAAAACGUAUUGAAAAUGAAAAUGAGAAAUUAAAAAAAGCGACAGAACGUCUCACUCAGUUAAUAGAAAGCAAUGAUACCGAAAAGCUUAAUAAAGAAAAAGAAGAACUUUUUGCCCUACUUGUGGAAAUUUCUCCGGUCGAAAAUCAAAACUUUGACGUUUCUACAGAUCCUUUCGCAGCUGCCAUUCGAUCAGGUGUUGGAUUUGAAACUGAUCCAUUUGCGUGCACGACUAAUUCAUCAUUCACGAAUUUUGAUGCUUUCUCAGACAAGGAUCCAUUCUAUUCAAAUACAAAACUUUCACCAAGAACCGCUUCAUCUGUAAAAGCACCACCACCACGACCUGCGCCACCAAAAUCAUUGAAAACUUCUGCGGAAUUGGAUCCCUUUUCUGGCACAGAUCCAUUUGCUGGCGCAACAUUCACUGCAACAACAGACCAGUUCGCAGAUUUCGCUAACUUUGAUGCCUUUACAAAAUCCUGA